UUCUUGUAUAUAUUGAUUUUUUUUUUAUAGAUAAAUUUGCAAUGCUGUAAUGCAAGAAAUCUGGGUAGUAUUGCCGAGGUGGCAGACAACAUUAAAUCGAAUUCAACAAAUCAACAAAAUGCCACCAUUGUUGCUGAAAGUUCGGAUAAACAAAAUAAUACCGCUGUAACCCAAUCAAAGUCAUCGGAGACAUCGCGCCCAGUGUCGAACACUGCAUUAACUCACAUCUUGCGCAAGAAACGCGAGACUGAACCCGUAAUGCCCUUCGAUUACGAUACCAUGCACUUGGGGUGCGAUAUGGAUCAGGGUGGCCUAAUCAAUAUUAUUGCCGCAUUUCCGAAUCAUUGCAUUUGGGUUUGGAACAAUCGAUUCGUGCACGAAGGUUACUAUCGCGUCUUUAAGACCUAUCAGUUAGAGGCCUUCUUCUUUGGCCAAUAUUAUGAGCGCUUACGUCGAUUCGAGGUAGAUCCGCACACCUGGGACUACAGUUCAAUUGGUAAAUGGUAAAAUUGUCUUUCUUUGCGUGGCGAAUUGAAUAAAAUUAAUUUAUUUGCCGAGCAGAUUCUGCUCAAAUCUAUCUUAAAUAAUAAAUGUAAUAUUGUUAAGGCAA